AUGAGCGCAAAUAGCGUUCACAACUCGGAGCUAGGCCAGGAGACCCUUUUGGAGGCUAAUGCUCCAGAGGUAGAAUCUCGUGAUCAUGAAGAUGACGACCACUCUAGUGCUUCUGGAGCUCAGAGUCGUAAAAGGCGCAAGACUACAGAGUUUUGGACAGUUAAGAUAAUCGAUGCACACAUAAGGAUUUAUAUUUUGCUUAUAGAUUCUGACGGCACAGUCAAGCCGGCAAGAUUAAGCGUGAGGGAGGCUAUGGAACGGCCUAAUGGGAGAAGGAUCGUGCUGAGAUUCAACAACGAAAUGCAGCCAAUUGGAGACGAGGCUGGACUGCUAAGUGGGGUGCUUGGUCUGCUUGGAUCUGACUACGCAAAAUUUCCUAUCGGUAAGGAAAGUUGGCACAAGGUUACCACUAAAAACAAGGUGUAUAACGAAUGUGUGAAGCAAAUUUUUCAUUUUGACGAAGAUAGUGAAGGUAGUAUCAAGAAAUAUAUUUUGCAAAGUAUGGGAAGGUCUUAGAAGGAAACAAG